AUGAACCCUGCUACACCUCCACGGUCGAGGAGUUCGGUGAAGGGUCGCGAGCCAGCGGAGUCCCGGUUCGGGUCUGGCAAUGGGGAGUCGCAGACGCUUCCACCACUGCCCAAAAAGUUGGGAGUGCCUCCUGAGACGCCGCAGAAGUCGGUACUGUCCGGGGCACCAGUGACUCCCUCGACAGUGCACCACCUGAACCGUGCGCCCGUGAGUUUGAAGUACCACAACGGUGCUGGUGACCUGCUGGCACCGCCAUCACAGCUGCGGUCGCCGGAAUUCUCACCCAUGCGCAGAACGUCCAUCGGGGAGAACAAGUCUGCCAGCAGAGUGCUCUUCCCACACAGUUUGCAACUAGACGCAGAGGCAGACGAUUCUGAAGAGGAACUGUUGCUGCCGGCAUCGCCCUGCAAGAAGAAACUACAGAAGACUGUCCCGGGGACACCGUCGCAUAAGGUAGUGUCCUUCGAGCAGGCCCGGGAGUGGUGCGAACCGCAGAUCCGCAGCGACAGCGACGACGACGAGGAUAACACAGAGCAUAUAGUGACGGCGACACGACCCGCAAACCCGUUCAUGACCAGUAGUGGGACCACCGCAGCGGAGAGAAGACGCAGGCAGGACGCUCUCCUCAGCGAGAACCCGCGGUUGCGAGACACAGUAACGUACGUCGACAAGCACGGCAAUACAAUCAAGGAGAGGCGGCUCACGCCAGCAGAGACACAGCAGUUCCAACCCAGAGCGCUCUUCCAAGAAGAACUGCGAGAGCAGCAGCAGCAGCGGGACGGGGACGACUCUAUAUAA